CCCUGUUGCCCAAGAGCCAAGAGAAACAAACCCGAAUUUGAGUCAUCUGAUUUUUCGUGCUUGGGUUAACAUGGAAAAUAUUACUCCAGAGCUUGCAUUACCAGGAUUUCGCUUCCACCCCACAGAAGAAGAACUUGUCGACUAUUAUCUUAAGGAAACGGCACUGGGUAAAAAUUUACAGUCCGUCAUCAUUGGUUUUCUCAACAUUUAUGAACAUGACCCUUGGGAUUUGCCAGGUCUGGCAAAGAUAGGGGAGAGAGAGUGGUAUUUCUUUGUGCGCAGAGACAAAAGAAGUGGUCAUGUUGGGAAGCCCAACAGGAGAGCUGAGAAGGGCUACUGGAAGGCAACUGGGUCUGACCGCCAAAUCAGAUGUCUCAAGAAGCCCAAAAAAACGGUGGGCCUCAGAAAAACUUUGGUUUUUUACACAGGGAAAGCACCAAAAGGCUGCAGAACUGAUUGGGUCAUGAACGAGUACAGACUCUCCAGCACCUCCUUUCCUAGGGUACUAGCAUCAGCUUAUCUGAUUGAGGAUAUAGUACUCUGCAAAAUUUACAGAAAGGCAACACCGUUGAGGGUGUUGGAGCAAAGGGCAGAAGAACAUGCCACCAGGACAUCUUAA